AAGUUCGUCUUGAUUGUGUAAUAAGUUACAUCUGAUAGGAGUUUCCCGGCAAUUCGAUCGAGCUACCCCUCAACCGACUUUCCUGUAUCGGUCGUAGGAGCCCAACCAGUGACGAGCUAUACGUAUGGCGUAUAGUAAUCGCAUGUAUGCAACAUGUAGGAUCAUACGUACCUGAGAUACCCACCCCUUAAAGGAGCCCGAGCCGCCGUGAUUUUGGCCAGAUCGCUCGUCCAUCUCCUACUCUCUCCAACGCCACCAUGUUUCAAAUCGCUACUAGCCUGCUGCCCAACAUCAUGGGUACGUCAACGACGACGAUGACGGAGACGAAAACGGAAACGGAGAAGACAGAUGUGAAGACAGAGGAGAAGAUAGUCACAGCGCAAGAGGAACAAGAACGCGCAAACUACCUCCUCGACGCACAGAGCAAAGCCGUCUCCCUGUUCGCCGAGAUCGAGGAGAAGCUCAUCCGCCCCGGUAUCAGCGAGAAGCAGCUCAGCGACGAGAUCCACGCGCUAGGAGAGAAGCGCCACGGCGUACGGACCCACUGGCACAAGCGUGUAGUCCGCUCCGGGCCCAACACCCUACUUCCCUUCGAGGAUAACCCGCCCGAUCGUGUGAUCGAGGCAGACGAUAUUCUGUACGUCGAUCUCGGCCCCGUCUUCGAAAAGUACGAGGCCGAUUUCGCGAGGACGUUUGUGCUCGGGGAUGAUCCUGAGAAGAUCAAGUUAAGGGAUUCGCUGGAGCCGGUUUGGAGGAAGGUUAAGGAGAGGUUUGAUGUUGAGAGCACGACUAUGACAGGAGAUAGGUUAUACGAGAUUGCGUGCGAGGAGGCGAAGAACGCGGGCUGGGAAUUCGGUGCUUGGCUGGCGGGUCAUCUGGUCGGGCAGUUCCCGCAUGAGAGGAUUCCACGCGAUAAACAGAGGUUGUAUAUCACGAAGGGGAAUGAGGAGGUGAUGGUUACGCCUGGCAGUGAUAAGCAUCGGAGGCAUUGGAUUUUGGAGAUUCAUCUCCGAGAUAAUAAGAAUAACAGGGCUGCUUUCUUCGAACAACUAUUGACGGUUGGAUAGAUGGGUUUUAGGCCGCGAGGGCUGAGGGGCGUUGUUUCGUGAUAGUACCUAUCGGUAGGAUGAAGACGGGCUACGUUCUGGGUGAUGAGGAUGAUAGGAUGGCCUAGAUUUAGGUAUAUAUCGCUAGAAAUACGACAUAGUGAACAUAAUCUAUAUAUAAAGAUGUAUAUAGGCCCUUUUUAAGAGUAUAUGGUUUCACUAAUGUUCAAUGAAGGCAGCGAGUGAAGGGGUAGUUAAUAGUAUGUAGAUAUCUAAAGUCCCCUGUGCCA